AUGUCUAAUACUAAAUGCUGUGUCGCAGGUUGCGAAAAUAAUUCAGGUUCAUCUGAGACUUUGCACAAGUUUCCAAAUCCGAAGAAGAACAAUGCGUUAUUCAAUUCAUGGGUCUAUUCUGUUGGUGGCAAUAUAUUGGGACUUGAAAAUGACCACAUUUUCAAAUAUCGUCGUGUAUGUCAUAAACAUUUUGAAGACAAAUAUUUGUGCCGGAAUAAUAGAAUUAGCAUCAUUGCUAUACCAACGUUGCACAUGCCAGGACCAACAUCACUGCCAAAGUUUACAUUAAUUGAAAAGAACCGACAAAGCGCUGACCCUGUAUCAAAAGAUCCUUCAACAUCCGCGGCUACGCAACCAGAUUCAGGAAAGUUGGAGCAUAUGACAAUGAAAGAAAAUAUUGGCUGCUGGCUUAAUUGUUGUGGCGAUCGUGUGCGACCAAGGCACCAACAAUGUGAACUGUCUGAAGUUGCUGAUUCAAGAGACUCGCGCGGCUCUUUUAAGAAAGGGACAAGAGCCACACGGAAACUUUUUUUAAAU